AAGACUGUCAUGGCGUCUUGUAUGACUUCCCAUUUCGCUAAACAGCUGUGUUUGUUUCUGACAGUCAAUUGUGUGUUUUAAUAAAUAAUGAAUUCCUCGUAUUAUAAAUAUUGUAUAGUGCCCCAAUGUGAAAAUACAACGAUAAAAAUCCCAGACAAAUUAUUCAUAUAUGUUCCAAACAAUAAAGAAAUACGAAAAAAAAAAUUCCACAAAUUAUUUCCGUGAAGAUCAUUUUGAUGUUAUGGACGCCGACAGCAGUUAUGGCGGUAGCGAUACUGCACAAGAUUCGCAUUCCUCGUUAGAUAAUUCGCAUAGUUCCCAUAACAUUAGCAAACACGACAAUAACGAAGAUACGGUGACUACGGCAGUACACGUCAUGCCCAAUACUACAGAUGAAACUCAAACGCCUGUGAACCAUUACUAUCAUAAAAACGAAAUCACGCUCCCUGUCAAUUUAGACGAUACGGAUUUCCAAAAAAAUAACGAUUCAAAAUUACAUUAUUUGGCCACAGCCAAUUUGAACAUCAACGAAUCUUUAGAGCAUCAUAACAAUUUAGACGAAAUGAGUAAAAAUUACAAAAGUCAACAUAACUUGCAAGAAAGUUUUUCAAAAAAAACCAAGCAUUCUCCACCACCGACUGGUAUUGAUAAUCCUGCGUUCGUUGAGGACGUCAAAAGUACUUUCAACAAUGACAUGCCUUACAGUAACGGAUUGACACCGGAUCCUUCGAAAAAGAAUAAUCACGAACCUGUAACGGAAGCCGUUAAUUUAGAAUUAAUAAAUAUGAAGCCCGGAGGAGCAAUUCACAACGGUCUCAAAGGGUAUGAAAGUUCCGGUAUGACUACUAUUCCUUUAAAAAAAGAAGAAGAGGAUAUGCGGAGUCCAUAUGACGAAUAUUUUGUACCGGUAAAUGAACAUAGGAAGUAUAUGAGAGGAGAAAAACUAUAUGUUACAAAAGAUAAUAGAAUAGAAAAAAGUAAAGGUAAAUGCAUUUGCUGGACUAUUUGCAUCGCCCUUGCAACUAUUGCAGUGGUAGUUGGUAUAUUAGCAGCAGCUGGAUUAUUAGGAUCCCAACCGCCAAUGCCACAAGCGAUAGAAGCAAGUGGAAGAAGCUUGGACAAUGAUACACCAAUUAGAAAAGGGGGUAUAAGUUUACCAACUAUUGGUCACAAAUAUCCGCUUACCCCAGAACCUCCAAUAAGUACGGUUAGCUCAAUAAUUCCUUCGACAGAUGAAUCUCAAAUUCACGUUCCUAGACUCAUAGAAUCUGAAUUAAAAAUUGAUAACCUAGAAUUUAACACUGCAUUAUUAGAUAAGGAUAGUUUGGAAUACAAAGCACUUUCCGAAGAAAUAGAAAACCAGAUAAAAGAAGUUCUUUUAUUAAAUAAGGAACUCAGAAAUGGAACUAUGGACUUUGAUAUUAAGGUUAUGGAAAUACUACCCGGCAGUGUAGUGACAAAAUAUCGUGUAACAUGGAAACCUAAAGAUGAAUAUAAGUCGCUGGAAGAUAACAAUAUGGAUCCAAUUAAUGAAGUGUCUCUGAAUAAAAUACUCAUAGACUACCUAAAAAGACAUAGAGACUUAAUGGGUGAAUUUCACAUACAAGAGAAUUCCAUUAGAUCCCAAAGAGUUCUAGAUCUUUGCAAAAUACAAAAUAAUGGCUGUGAACAUUUCUGUGUUUUCGAUUAUACUAAAUUAAAUUUCGCGUGUCUUUGCCCCGAAGGUCAACGUUUGAGCUCCAAUCAAAAACUCUGUAAAAUCGACAUUAUGUCUAAAACAGUACCAGAUUACAUAAUGUCAAAAUCAAAGGCGGAAUCCACUACUAUAAGAGAACUUAUCGGAAAGUCUGAACCAGGCCCUGAAGUAGUACCGGAAUCUGAAACUACUUCAAAAGUAAAAACUGAUGCCGUAACCACAUCACCAGAACCAAAGGUAGGGCGUACAUCAAUAUCCGAAUACGUUACAGACGAAAUAUCGGGCUUCGAUGUAAAAACAUCCUCAACUAAUCAACCCAGUACGAAGGAUUACUCUAUGGACUUCAAUUUGGCUACUCAAGAUGUUGGUACUUCAAUGGGAGAUUAUAGAGAACCAACAACCGUAAAAUUGCCCUCUUCAAUAUUUUCAGCUAUCCCUGUAGAGUUUCCAACAGAAAAAUAUGUUGAUGAGAUUGAAGUUUCAUCAGAUGAAAAUAAGGAUCGACACACGUUCUACUUCGAUCCAAUAUUAUCCGGUCCACCAAUAGAAAAGACUACGGAAACACCCUCCGUACAUGUUACUGAAAACGAUAUUACCUACAUACCAAACUUAACAGUUCAUCCUGUUGAAAAUUGGAAUAAAACUGAAACUGAACACAAAAUGGAAACCAUUAGUACUGAGAAGCCAACAACAGGAUUUGUAGCAGAUGCAGAAUUCAGUUUCGGUAAUGUAUAUACACCACCAGCUGAAGUACAUUUUGAUGUAACUACGAAAAAGAGCAGCAUGUACAUGAUACAAGUAUUGAAACCCCUAAUACACAAAGAAAAAUUCAGGGAACCCAAAAUACAAGAGCUACACAUGUCAUCUACAAACUCAUCCCAGAUGGAAAACAAUAACACGACGAAUCAAUAUAUCGACGACGCUAUGGAUAAUUCCGAACAGAAUCAUGACGAAUACAUGUCGCCUUUUUUACCAGAAUUUGAUAACGAUACUUUCGUGAACUCCCUACAUUCCGAAGAACACUUUGCAGAACAUGAGAAUCAUGAUAACGUUUCGACUAUCAAGUCUCCGUCGGAGGAAACUUCUACAAACAGAUUUGCUAUAGGAGCAGAGGAAAAUAAUUCGGUUGCUGCAGAAUCAAAAAGCAAUAACGAAGAUAAUUUUACUGAUUUAUCACACUUAAUUGUAGAAGUAACUACUAAGCCUCCAUCUUUAGAAUUAGAUCAAAUUAACACUACGAAUCCUUUUGAUAAUGAUACAUCGGAUGCUACGAAUUUACAAAGGAACGAACAGUUUAUUACUAAAGAUUUGGAAAUAGAACCCAUAAAACCCGAGGUUAUGAUAAUAAUUUCCGAUAAAAAUGAUAUGACAACUGAAAUUGCUACUACUACUGAGAACCCAAACGUAUUUGAUACUACUACUGCCGAAGCUAUCGCUACUACACUCCAUAACAUUAAUGUCGACGAAGAAAAUGUUACUACUGAUAACUCUAACAUCGAAAAUAUAAAUAUAAUAAAAGAGAAUUUUAAUAAUGACGAAAGUGCUAAUAGUAUGCAUUACUAUACAUCGACAAUCAAAACAGAAGUAGAUGAAAGCAACAUUAAUAUAAUGGAACACACCUCAACUACGGAAAUGUAUGAAAGCGUUACAGAAAAUUUCAUAACGACCGAAAAUAUUCAAGAUAAAUCAAAAAAUAUUAUAGUAAAUGAAGACAUUAAUAAUAUCACCACUACUGAUAACGUUGAAAUCAAUACAACAGAACUAACGACAUAUAAUAUGACAAAAGAUAUAGAAUCAACCGACAUCGAUACAAAUAUUUUAACCUCAACAGAAAAUUCAUCUAUAAAUAACACAAAUAAUGAAAAUAUGCUAGAUGGUCUUACCGAAACUACUACAAGUAUAAAUGAAUAUACGACAGAUAUCUCAAUAACUGUAUCAGAUUUGAAAGAACAUACCACAUACGAAACAACCAUGCCGUCAUCACAUAAUAACGAUAUUGACGAAACGACAAUGGCUUUGGAUAAAAUUGAAUCUGAAACAAUAGCGGCAACAUCGUUACCAGAAAAUUCUACAAACAUAAAGAAUUUUAACGAUAUAUCGUCGAGUACUGAAGAUCUCAUCGCUUUAGAGACUACAACCAACACUGAGGGAAGCACUAUUCCCAUAAUAUUGGCGAAUCAAUAUGAAGUAAAUAUUGGAUCGAACGAUGUUACCACUGAAGUUUCGGAAACCACAACACCCGUUUCAAAUAAUAUCGAAGCAAAUGAUGAAAAUAAAGAAGAUAAUGAAAUUUCCACUCAAACUAUUCAAAUAACAACGGCGAACUUUAAUAAGGAAUAUCAAGUUAAAGAAAAUGUUCCCGAUAUUACUACAACUGAAAAAUUAUUUGUAACUCACAAAACCACCACCGAAAUAUUGAAGGUGGAAGAAGAUUCGACUGAAAAUUUAAGCAUAAUACCGUUAGGCGAGGAUCAAACAGAAGCAAAUAUAGCAAAGAAAGAAACUGACAAGAACAUAGAGUUGACACAGAAUGAAAUAAUCAUGUUGACAAAAAACGAAGAGAAGCCUAUCACAGAAAAUUUUCUAUUGCCGAAAGCUUCGCGAUGUUCUCCGGAUCAAUUCCAAUGUUUUAACGGAACAUCCGUGAAAGGUGGAAACUUUUGCGUAUCAAUAGUUGAUAGAUGUGAUUCUGUAUUGGAUUGUACAGACGGUUCGGAUGAACUUAAUUGUAUAGAGGAAGGAUGUCCAAAUAAUUUCCAGUGUGCAAGUAAAGAGUGCCUAAAAAGACAUCUUGUUUGUGAUGGUAUCUUCAAUUGCCAUGACGGAAGCGAUGAAAGUAAUUGUGAUUCCUGGAGUUGUAAUCCAAACGAAAUAUCUUGUGGUAUAUCAAAUCGUUGUAUACCUGUAUCGUGGAAAUGUGAUGGUAGGAAAAAUUGUCCUGAUGGAUCGGACGAAGAAGGAUGUACACAUACUGGAUCUUGUCCGGCUCAAUCUUUCAGGUGUACAGAAGAAAGCAGUUGCAUGCCGAAUUCCUGGAAAUGCGAUGGUGAAGUUGAUUGUUUAGGAGGAGAAGACGAAUCGUCAUGUCUUUGUACUGAAGAGGAGUUCAAAUGUAGUACAGGUGGGGGAUGUAUAGCCAAUUCGGAUCGUUGUGAUGGUAUUGCCCAAUGCUUGGACAAAUCUGAUGAAUGGGAUUGUCUGAAACUCGACAAAUUGUUUCUCAAUUUAACUGAUAUCAAUGAUAAAGAAAUUUUGCAGCUCCAGGUCAAAAAUAACACCUGGUUUCCUAUAUGUAUGGACUGGACUUUAUGGAAUACUACGUUUGCUGAUUUGGUAUGUCAAAAAUUGGGUUAUUCGGCAUCGUCUGCAUUGGAAUCAGUUCCAAAUAACAAAAAUUCAACGUCGCAAAUUAGUUAUGUUUUAUCUAUGAACGAUCGACGGGCGGCUUUAAAUUUCGUGGAAAAUAAUGAUCGAGAUUGUGAUCAGUACGUUUCAAUUAGUUGUCAGGAGUACGUUUGCGGUAAUCCAGCCGGUGUAGAUCCGCUUUCAACUCGGAUGGUAGCGGGAGAUAAAGCAGAACCGGCUCGAUGGUCUAGUUUGGCAUUAGUCUUUAAUAAAAAACACAACACAUACUGUACUUCAACCCUUGUUACACCAAUUUGGGCGGUAACUAGUUAUUCUUGCAUAGCAGGACGUACUUCGCAACCUAUUAAUGAAGAAGAUUGGUUUCUAUAUGCCGGAGGUACGAACAAAGGCGAUGUCUCAAGUCAAGUUAGAAAAUUGAGCGAAAUCGUCAUUCAUCCACAAACAAAAUUUUCCAACUUUGGAUUCAAGAACGACGUAGUACUGCUUAAGAUGAAAAAACCUGUGAACAUAGAUGUGAACGUGAGUGCGGUAUGUUUGCCGAAUAAUGGAAUAGAACCUCAUCAAUUGUGCGUAGUCGCCGGAUGGGGCGUUGACAAACCAGGAGAACCCGUCAUGCAACAGUACAUACACUAUUUGCCGGUACCUCUAAUAGAUACCGACGACUGUAAUUCGACAAAACAUUAUAAUGGAAAAAUAACGCCAGAUAAAAUUUGUGCGGGAUAUACGGAUUCCGAUACAACGCAAUGUUUAAGUGAUGAAGGAGCCCCUUUGAUGUGUUUCUCUGACAAAACGAAAACCUGGGAGCUCCAAGGACUUCUAAGUCAUCCCAGCAAUUGCGGUAGUUCUAAUAAACAUCCUGCCAUAUAUACAGCGAUUGACACCACUUUAAGGACAUGGAUGAGCCAUAUUAUUGGUAGACAAGCUCUUGCGACUUCGUAAAUAAGAAAUGAAAAUGUCGAAUGAACGCUUCGUGUAGAGAUGUAAAUAUUUUUAGAAAAAUAGUAUGUUUUUUACUGCAAAUUUUAUUUAUUAUUACAAUCACUAAAUUUUCCUAUUUCACUUGUGAAGUUACAUAAAAGAAAUAUACUAAGAGAUGAUUUUUCCCGUUAUAUAUUGCAAGGAAAUGUAAAUAUCUUUUACAAUAUUAUUUAAACAUUUUCGGAACAUGAAAAUAUUAUGUCGAAUGAUUGAGACUCGAAUAUACAAAAUUAUUAAGUUUAAUGUGAUCUAAAAAUGUUUUGUAAAUAAUAAAAAUUUAUUAUUAUCUUCAUAGCCCUCGGCUUCUGCUCCUUUGUUAUUUUCUGUAAGACUUCUAUGUGAAAUCAUCAAUAUCAAUUUUAUAUCAAUGUUCGAGUGAAAAUUUGUUCUGGAUAUUUAUUCUAAUAAUAAUUUUUUACUCUCCAUCACGCAAUUUUUUCAUUAUUUACAAUAAAAAUUUAUAAUUGAAAAGUACUUUCCAAUUUUUCUGAUAAAUAUUAUAUUUCCAGUUUCUCUGUUAAAAAUAUUCUAGAGAAACUAAUAAUUAAUCGUUUCUCAAAUGAUAAAUUACGUUAUUUUCUCGAAGAUUGUUUUGUGUUUCAAAUGUAUAAGUGCAAUAUUUACAUAUUCGGUAAGAAAUUUUAAUAUAGAUAUAUUUUUCCGUAAUUAUUGAUACAUUUUAUUACCAAUGUUAUAUAAUACGAAAAAAAAAACAAUAACAAAAAAUAAACACAUUUUUUACUUGAUUGGGGAUCAAAACUAUACAAUUCCAUUUAUAAGAGAUUUUAAAACUGGGAUAAGUUGAACUGUCAAAAAUCGAUAGAGAAUGUGCUGAUUGCAAAUUGCCAUUUGUUAAAAACGUUGAAUACGUUUUUUAAAAAAAAAGUGCUGCUCAAACUUAUUUUUGAUCGAUUUCAUUAUUAUGUUAUAAAAAUUGAUUGUAGGUUGGAAACUAGUCAAAAAUUGUGAGAGAUAAACACGAGGUGUGUAAGAUGGUAAAAUCUAAAACUAAAUUUAUUUAUACAGGGUAAUUGGGAAAUGUAAACAUUGGAUCAUUUAGACGAAUCUGGUUUGAUCCAACAUUGCUAUACAGAACCAAUUCAGUGAUAGAUUAUUAACGUAACUCCGUUUCACGAAUAAUACAAAUGUAAUUUUAUAGUUACCAUUGGUAUGUUUAAGUUAAUAAAAUAACUUGUCGAUCAUUAUUCAAUUGUGUUGCGCAGUGUUAAUUUUAUGUCUCAAACACAAUUAAUUCUCAGUUUAUCUAUAAUGUUUGAACUCUAAUAAAUUUUUAAUACACGCAUACAUACAUUUUUCUACAUUGUAAAUCAUCGAUCAAUAAGUUUUCGUUUUAGAAUGCCACAGCGAUAUGGUGGGUGCAAAGUAAUUCUAAUUAACUAAAUUUUUAUUGACUUGUGACAUGGUACAUUGUUUUUCGAGUAAAACAAGUUUUUUCAACUGUAAUUGGAAAUGUUUCAAUUUUACCUGUUGCUUGAAAAAUGGAUACUUCAAUAUAAAAACGUGAUUUGUACGAUAACUACUCGCCGUCAGGUCGAGAACUUAUUCAUCGAUGAUAUAUUAUUCCAUUUAUUGUCUUUCUGUUUUUCUAUACACACUUACCAUGUGAAAAUUUAGAGACUUAAUUUACUAUUGAUUAAAAUAUAAAUAAUAUUGCUUAUUAGUAUGAGUAAAUGUAAAUAAAAUGUAUAAUAUUGAGGUUUGCCACAAAAAUGAUGUUAUUUUUCAAUGAGCCAAUAGAUCCAUUAGGUCGCAGUAUAUACGAUACGACUAAAUAAGGUUGAUAAGAAAGAUACUUAUUACAAUAUUGGUUGUUUUUUGUCUCAUUUUUUAAAUGGUUUGUUCGAAAAAUAUAUUUUUGAAUUCUAGUUUGAAAUAUAUAAAAUUUUUUAAAAGAAACGUCCACGAAACAAUAUAUUUUUAAUAUAAAUAUUAAAUUUAACAAAUAUAAUGCCGUCCAAUUAAUAAUGUGAUAUAUUAUGAGAGUAACAUAGUAAAAUGUCGAACUAAAUAGGACGUUUAAACUAGUCUUUAUUUACAAUGUAUAAGCUAACAGUAUUCUGUUUUAUUUUCUUAAUCCGUGGCAGUUAGAAUACAUAUAUGUAGAAAGUUUUUGUUAGUGAUAAAUUGACAAAAUUAUUUGUAUGUGUGCCUUUGUAAACUAUAUAUUUACCCAAAUAAAGUUUCUAUUAAAUUUA